AUGGCGUUGUGGUUGCUAUUCAUACUAAUUGCAAGUGUUAUUGUCCCAAGAGUAACGGUGAAGUCCCAUAAAAAAUUAUUCAAGAUGAUCAUCGAAGAGUUGUAUUCGCUACCAAGUGACCAAAAAAUAUCUCGACAAUAUUUGCACUACCAAUUUUGUUCUAAGAGACGAAACAAGAAACUAUCAGGAACAGUAUAUAUAAAGGUACACACGUAUAGAAUGCUGCAAUCUCUGGGAUCCAACCUGUUUAAACGUCCACACCCAGAUCUCACUGAUCCACCCAAUCAAACAAAAAGGUCCAAAGCAAACGAUUCAGGGUCGAUCGAAUUACCCCUUGAGACAAACUUAAUGCCGUCUGAAACUGGUCAAGAUAAAAUCAUUGCAAACAUUUCAAAUGAAGCACCGAUUCAAAAAAUUAACGAAAACCUGGCAACUACAACUACAAUCGAUGCCAACCUCAGCAAUGUCAAAAUUUCGGCGCCCAAUAAUGACAAAGGCAAACUCGAUCAACAAGAUUCAUCAAAGCUCAAUGACGCCAUUGCAGCUGCGGGUGUGGAUAUACAUGAAGAAGAAGAAUUGUUACUACAGCAGCAGUUGGUGCGUAAGAACGAAGCAGUUAAUGAAAGAAAUGACGUUCUGCGAAGUACCAAAGUUUCUACAUUCUUGAAUCCUUACCAUUUAGCUGCUUUCCUUGGAAAAGUGGCGAAAUCACAUCAAGUGAAUCAGAACUUUCUUGAGGAUGGAGAUAUGCUUAAUCUUAUAUCAGGCGCAUGUGAGACUUGGAUUUCUCAUAUAGCGAGCAAGGCUAUAACUAUUUCUCGCCAUAGGAGAAGAGGAGGAGUUUUGACCUCGUCCAAGAAAAAUGGCACGUUGUCUUCGUCUCAAAGGUCUGCAGUAAGUAAAGAAUUGCGCAAUAUAGCGGUCAAGCAAAAAGAACUAGAGGAGAAGCGAGUAAAUAAGAGGAUAGCAUUAGGAAUUGAAAAGGGUGCCAACGAUCCAAAUGGGGAAGAAAAUGGCGACGGCAAAGCGGGAGCUGAUGAAACAUUACAUCGAGCUGCUAAUGCAACUGCUGCGAUGAUGACCAUUGGGAAAAAGAAGUACAGCUGGAUGAACUCUAGUGCAAAUGGAGGUGGAGUUGGCUCUGAUAAGGAUGGCAAAGGUGGUACAGGCACCAGCCAAGGCAAACAAAGCCCUAUAAUUGCUGCUAGAGGCGACAGUGGAUUGAGGUACAGGGAAGUUAGAGCAGGAAACUCCAUAGUAUUAAAAGACUUACUAGGUGCGAUUGAGAACGAGAAGAGAGGUACACAAGAAGCGAUCAUUAAAGGGUACGCUAAAUUGAGAGAUUGA